GAAGUCCAAAUAAUAAUUUGGUUUUUCGCGCGGAAUUCAAUCGUGUUGGUGAUGAUGAGCCGCUGAAAACUUGAAUACAUUUGAUUUUUCACACGGAACAUUUAUUAGUAGUUUGGAACGACAGGUACAUUUAAGUGAAGCUGUUUUUAAAAAAAUAAUAAAUUAAAAUUAAACCAGAAAAAGUUUGCAUGCUGAAAACGACUCGUUAAUUACAACUAGUCUUUAUUUAUUUAGUUAUUUAUUUUUAAGUGUAACACCGCAUAAGUUCACGGCAGUUCAAUUACUCAUAUAUAUUACAAUAUUCAUUUAUUAUUAUUUUUACACGUCGACGGCAGCGGAGGAGCCGGAUUCCGUGUUCCCGCCAUGGAGUCCCCGGACUGGGGCAGCCCGAGCUGUGUGGACCCUGGGGGGUCUCCGGGUCUGCAGGACUUUGUCUCUCGGCUGUCCCUGCCCCCCAGCCCCGGCCCCAGCCUCCCUGAACGGGACAGUGUGGCGCAGCGGCUUGCCUACUUCAGCAGGGAGGCAGCACUGCUGGGUAUCUCCCCUCUCUGCGAGGAGGACAGCUUUGGCAGCCCCCUGUCAUCACGGCAAUCAGACCUCCGGGCGCUGGUGACCUGUGCCUGCUCCCUGCUGCAGCUCUACCACGAGACCAGUGCCAAACUGGGAACGCUGGAGAACCAGUGGAAGAAAACCAGCAGUGAGAGAGACUACCUCAAGAGCUGCCAGGCCAAGCUGCAGGGACAGCUGGAUUACGCUGAGCACGAGAUUGCCGCUCUGCAGGCCAGAGAGAGGCAGCUGUGCAGCCAGAGCAGGAGCCUGCAGAGCCUGGUGAAGAGCGAGAAGGAGGAGAACGAGAAGCUGCGGAGUGUGGUCGCGAGUCGGGCCACGCAGCACAGUCAUGAGAUGAAACGCAAGGAGCAGCAGCUGGGAAAGAUGAAGGAGAGACUGAGUGACAAGAAGGACCGGCGCUGCACCAUAGACAUCCUAAACCCUGUGGGCAGAGCAGACGGGAGGAGAGCCACCUGGAGGACCGGGAGGACUGAGUGCAAGAAGGACGAGGAGAUGUUCCGCAGCCUCAUCAUCUCCCUGGAGAGGCAGCUGAAGGAGGCCGUGCUGGAGAGCCUGGAGCUGAAGGGAGUGCUGGAGCAGCUGAGGAGGGACAUGAGCAGAGUGCUGAGAGACAGGGAGAGCAGUGUGGGGGUGCUGCUGGAAGAGGAGGAAGGGGAGGGGCUAAGCAGAGAAGAGCUCAACCAGUCACAGGCAGUGGCCCGGGAUCAGCUGACCCGCAGCGUGCGACAGCAGUGGCGCAGCCUGAAGAGGAGAGUGGAGGAGCUGGGAGGACUGGGAGCAGUGGCUGACAGGCAUGCUCCCCUGCCGACCCCCCUGGGUGGGACGGAUCAGGAGAAGGAGAUGGCUCAGCUGCAGGUGGAGAUCGAGCAGAGCCGGGAGCUCAUCAGCAUGCAGCAGGAGCUCCUGCAGGAGGGAGCCCUGUCUCUCCCCUCCUCGUUGCGGGACUCCUAUUUCCUGGAGGAGCGUGAGAGGAUGAGGGAGCAGUGGGAGAUGUUUCAGGAGCAGAAGAGUCGAUUUGAGGGGGAGAGGAGGAGCUUCACUGAGGCAGCCAUCAGACUGGGGCAUGAGAGGAAGCGUUUCGAUGAGGAGCGGGCUUCUCUGCUGCAGCAGCAGUUCUUCAACCUCUCCCCCUUCCAGGAUCAGAGAGGAGCCCCGCGCUGGAACAAACGAGCCCCCUGCAGCCAGCCCUCUCCGGAGCAGGAGUCUCUUCGCCGGGGGGUCUCUGUCCCAACCCUGCACCUGCCUGCCAGCUCCCAGACCCCUGGAUCCGGGUUCAAGUAUGGCUUGCCAGGGAGGGUGUUCACCCCCAGCACUGCUGAGCUAUACCGCUCCCUGAGUCUCAUUCACCAGCCCAGACCGGACGGCGUGAUGGACGUGGGGAGCCAGACGGCCGCAGACACACCCUGGAGAAACAAGAGGGGACUGAACCCCCCUCCACACAUGGACUGCUCCUUCUGACACCCUGCCCUGUGCAACACAUGGACCAGACCUGGAGUCAAUUAGAAUUGGAAUUCCAGUCACAGCAGCAUUGUUCACUGCAAGUCCAAUCACACAUACAAUCAGGCAGCUGUGCUGAGGGCUCACUGCAAGUCCAAUCACACAUACAAUCAGGCAGCCGUGCUGAGGGCUCACUGCAAGUCCAAUCACACAUACAAUCAGGCAGCUGUGCUGAGGGCUCACUGCAAGUCCAAUCACACAUACAAUCAGGCAGCCGUGCUGAGGGCUCACUGCAAGUCCAAUCACACAUACAAUCAGGCAGCCGUGCUGAGGGCUCACUGCAAGUCCAAUCACACAUACAAUCAGGCAGCCGUGCUGAGGGCUCACUGCAAGUCCAAUCACACAUACAAUCAGGCAGCUGUGCUGAGGGCUCACUGCAAGUCCAAUCACACAUACAAUCAGGCAGCUGUGCUGAGGGCUCACUGCAAGUCCAAUCACACAUACAAUCAGGCAGCUGUGCUGAGGGCUCACUGCAAGUCCAAUCACAGGAGACUCACGACACUGUUGUGGCUCAGUGGUGGCAUGUGUUUGUUUAGAAAUGCUGCAGGCUGAUAAAUUAAAGCAGAGAUGUUGUAAAUAUUGUAUUCUUUGAUUGCAAAGCAUGUUCUGUCUAAAUGUAUUCACUGUGUGUAGAUCUUAAUAAAGUGCAAUUCCCCCCCUUUGUGGCGGUUCAUGUGAUAUGUAUGUAAUGUAGUGUGCAUGGGUUGGCAAUAAAGUUGAUGUUAAGGCAGUA